UGCUGCACAGAAUGAGGCUCGCCGUUUGCGCCCUGCUGUGCGCCCUGGGGCUGUGCCUGGCUGUUCCUGAGAAGACUGUGCGAUGGGGUGUCCUGUCAGAUCUCGAAGCCACUAAGUGCUCCAGUUUCCAAGACCACAUGAAAGCAGUUCUUCCUGCAGAUGGACCCCUUGUCACCUGUGUGAAGAGAAGCUCUUACCCUGAGUGCAUUGAGGCCAUCUCGGCAAACAAAGCGGAUGCUGUGACCAUUGAUGGAGGCUUGGUGUUCGAGGCCGGCCUGCCCCCCUAUAACCUGAAACCCAUUGCUGCAGAAUUCUAUGGGUCAAAGGACGACCCACAAACCCGCUAUUACAUCGUGGCUGUGGUGAAGAAAGGCUCCGGCUUCCAGCUGAGUCAGCUCCAAGGCAAGAAGUCCUGCCACCCAGGCAUGGGGUGGUCUGGGUGGAAUGCCCCUCUCAGCAUACUGCUUCCCUCGGGCUCUCUGGAAACAGCGGCAGCCACGUUCUUCUCCAGCAGCUGCGUCCCCUGUGCGGACCACGAGAAGUUCCCCAGCUUGUGCCAACUGUGCGCCGGGCAAGGGGCAGACAAGUGCGCCUGCUCCUCUCGCGAACCAUACUUCGGCUACUCGGGAGCCUUCAAGUGUCUACAGGAUGGCGCGGGAGAUGUGAGCUUUGUGAGGCACCUGACAGUGUUCGAAAACCUGCCUCAGCAGGCUGACAGGGACCAGUAUGAGCUGCUCUGCCCCGACAACACCCGCGGGCCAGUGGAUGACUAUGAACGGUGCAACCUGGCCCGGGUCCCUUCUCACGCAGUUGUGGCUCGAAGUGCGGACGGCAAGGAGGACUUGAUCUGGGAGCUUCUCAGCCAGGCCCAGGAAAAUUUUGGAAAGGACAAGUCAUCGUCAUUUCAGCUCUUUGGCUCCCCUCAUGGGAAAGACCUGAUGUUUACUGAUGCUGCCCAUGGAUUUUUAAGGACCCCUGCUAAGAUGGACUCCAAGAUGUACCUGGGACAUGAGUAUUUUUUUGCCAUUCAGAAUCUAAAGAGAGGUGUGGAAGGCCCCCAGACGGUGACGGUGCAGUGGUGUGCGGUGGGCCCCCACGAAAGGGCCAAGUGUGAGCAGUGGAGUGCGGUGAGUGGCGGAGCCUUGGCGUGCACCAUGGAGGAGACCCCCGAGGACUGCCUUGCUGCCGUCACGAAAGGAGAAGCUGACGCCAUGAGCUUGGAUGGAGGCUAUAUGUACACAGCGGGCAAGUGUGGCCUGGUGCCCGUGCUGGCCGAGAACUACCUGCCUACAAGUGGCCGUGGGCGCCUGGGGUCUAAGUGCGUGAAUGCACCCUUGGAAGGUUAUUACGUCGUGGCCGUGGUGAAGAAAUCGGAUGCAGCUCUCACCUGGAACUCCCUGCGAGGCAAGAAGUCCUGCCACCCCGCGGUUGGCACUUCCGCUGGCUGGAACGUCCCCAUGGGUUUAAUAUACAAUCAAACCGGGUCUUGUCAGUUUGGGGAUUUCUUCAGUGGCAGCUGCGCCCCCGGCUCUGACCCGGACUCCCGGCUCUGUGCUCUGUGUGGCGGCGGCAGUGAGCCGGCCCACAUGUGUGCCCCCCACAGCCAGGAGAGAUACUAUGGCUCCAGUGGCGCUCUCAGGUGUCUGGUUGAGAAGGGAGACGUGUCCUUCAUGAAGCACACGGCCAUUCCGCAGAGCAUCGAGGGAAAGAACCCUGAGGCCUGGGCUAAGGGUCUCAAACAGGAAGACUUUGAGCUGCUGUGCCUUGAUGGUACCAGGAAGCCCGUGACUGAGGCUGCGAGUUGCCACCUGGCCAGAGUGCCAAAUCAUGCUGUGGUGUCACGGAAAGAAAGAGCCGAUUAUAUUGCCAGAAUACUCAUCAACCAGCAGGAGCUCUUCGGAAGAAAUGGAUUUGAAUAUAUGAUGUUCCAGAUGUUUGAAUCAUCACCCAAGGACCUGCUGUUCAGUGAUGAUACGGAAUGCUUGUCUAACCUUCAGAGCAAGACAACAUACGAAAAAUACUUAGGGCCACAGUAUCUUGCAAUGAUGGUUAACUUUAGACCAUGCCUGACCUCCGCACUUCUGGAUGCCUGCACGUUCCACAGAAGUUAAGCGCUGAGCAAGCUGGCUAACUAUACAGGUCCUGGGAGUCUUAAUUAUGGUGGAGUUGACAGUCAUUUCUCUUCAUGUAGAUUUCUGCUAACAUCAAUUAUCUUUAUAAUUCUGUUAUAACUGAAGCAAAGAUUGAAAUUAAUAAAAAUUAUGUCUCUG